AUUCAUAAAAAAAUAAAGUUUCUUUGACCUUAAGAAUAAAAUCUUUCCCUCCUCUUCCUCUUCCUUUUCCUUUUCGGAUACGCCUGCUCGCCGGAGAUCUUGUUUAUGCUGCUCCUCCGUCACCGAUCAAACCAUGGAAGGCGAUCAAGAACAAACUUACCAUGUUGACGGUACUGAUACAGAGUAUAUCUCAGGACUUAGUACUCUAUUGGCUGCUACAAUUCAAGAAACAAAAGAAAGCGUUUCUCAGAUCGAAUAUCUAUUCUGCAAACAGUUAUUCCCCGACUUUCAAUCGAAACUGAAAAAAAUCUAUACGGAAGCAAAGAAAGCAGCAGAAGACGAAUGGAAAAAGAAGGAAUUCGAUCUGACGGUUCGAAUACAAACACUCGAAUCCGAAAAACAAAAGAUUUUCGAAGAAAACCAGUUUUUAAAAACCGAGAGCAGCAAGAUGAAGAAAAUUCCUAACGAUCUUGAAGAAGAGCUGAAACGAAAGACGAAAGAGAUAGCGGAGAAACGAGAAUUACAAAAAAGUUUACGUGAACUUCUAGAUUCAAAAGCGAAAACGGUGAACGGAAACGAAACAAAAAUGAAGGAGCUCGAAGAGGAAAACAACAAUUUAAAGUUGAAUCUAGAAAGCAAGUGUCGGAUAAUCAUAGAGAAAGAAGAGUCAAACUGUGAGUUACUCCAGUUGGUUAAGUCAAAGAACUCGCUCAUAGAACAAAAAGAACGACAAAUACAAUAUAAAGACGAUAAACUGACGGAGCUUUCCGAAAAACUUGAGCUAUCUGAGAGAAAAUUUGAAGAAAAAAAGGCGUUUCAAGAAACACUGCUUAUAAAAAUGAGAACGCAAGCUGCCGAAGUUUUGAAAACGAAACAGCUUCUCGAUGACUGCGAAACGAAAAACAAAGUAUUAACGGAUCAGCUACGACAACAACAACAACUGAUCGAACAAAAUGGGCGUGAGUUAGAAGAGGUUGAAAAGGAGAAACGAUUAUUUGUUGCGAAAGUAAAAAGUUUGGAGGACGAAGUGGAAAAACUUCAAGUGGAAGUCAAAGAACGGAGUAAAGACUCGACUGAAGGAAUGGAAUUGCAUGGGAAAUUGCUUCAGCAAAUUGAAGGCAAAAAUAACGAGAUAAUGAUCGAAAAGAAUAAAAGACGGGAAGUUAUUGAUGCGUAUAAAAAGCUUAAAUCUCAGUACAAUUAUUUGUGCUCGAAAUCGGGAUUAACUUCAGAGAAUAUGCAUGGCAGUAGCAGCACAAAAGUUAAUAAAGACCAGUUAAUUCCUGAUCAGAAUAUGUUGAAUUCACCGGUUAUGGACGGAAAGUCUCCAAGUAGUCCAAUGCCCGCUUCUGAAGCAACUAGCCCUAACGUAAACCAACAAAACCCUAACGACAAAACAGAAACCAAAACGAUACACGGGUCAAGCUCGAGCUCCCCAUUUGUAGCUCAACCUGACAGCAGCAAAAAGGCAAACUUAUUAUCCGGAACAAAACGGCCCAUUUCUCAUUGGCGAGACACAAGGCCCACAAAAAACAGAAACGGGCCUGACCCACAUGAUGAUUUUCUCGAUACUCCAUUGGAAAACAUCAAAGAAGACUUGAAAAAAGGAGUAAAAGAAGAGGCGAUUCAUCAACUUCCGGGUCCGGUUCCCAAAGACAUGAAUAUCGACAGCUCUGAUGAUGAAACACAAGACUUAAACGCUGACAUGGGCCCACAAAGGCCCGAGAAGAAAAGUUUCAAGUAUGUCGAACCCGUGAGAAAGAAAGCCGAGAGGGCUAAUCUUAAAGGAGUUGAAUGUAAGCAGUGUAGAAAGUUCUAUGAUGCUGUUCUUCCUGCGGAUGGUAAUGAUAAUAAUAAUAAGCGGGAUCUUAGAUGUGAGCAUCAUGAAGGCGUUUCUAGGCAUCGAUAUAGGUUUGCACCUCCUUCGACUCCUGAAGGGUUUUGGAAUAUUGGAUUUGAAUCCGAAAUGUGAGUUGUGUAUUGAAUUUUAGACUCAUUAGAUUCAAUUUAAUGUUGGUGAUUCAUACAAAAUAAUGAACCUCUUUGAAUUAAAGAUGGUGUGAUUUGGAUUUUAA